AUGCCACCGAGGCGUGCGAUUGAAGAUGAUGAGGAAGGCACAGAGGAAGAAGAACUUGAAACGACCACUGGGUCUGAGGGGGACAGUGACGUGGAGAAGCUUGUGAAGGAUGCGAAGACCAUAGAGACUGUGCCAACAGAGACUUUGCUUGUAAACAAUCCAAAUGACGAGAAAUACGAUGUAACGGACGCUCGGCCCGUGCGAACUCCUCCUGAUGAACCUUUGGAGCCAACAGCACCGCCCGAGGAGGAUCAUGAGUUGCAAGCGCUCGUGAAGGAUGAGAGUAAGCGUGAGAACAGUCUGGGGUAUCUAGCCCAAGAAGCCCCACAGCUUCCGCUUGGUGUAAAUAUUCAGAAGCUUCACAACAAACCCAAUGACGAAAUGGUAAAGGUAGAUGAUGCACUCAAUAUUCCCACACCCCGCGGGAAUGCUAAGGGUAAUGAAGCUGGAGCCGGUUUAAUUCUGCGGAAUGCUCCUCAUGAUGAAGCAAUUCCUUUGUCUACAAUGGGGAGCUCUGUCGGUACACCGAGCAAACGGGCUGGUGGGCAACUCGGUGCAAUGGCGCCCACCGAUGAUGAAAGCAGCGCUGAUGAGGAGACUGAAGAAGUGGAGAGUCACUCUCGCGGUUAUAUCAAUCAACGGCCUGAGGCCAUUGACACGGAGGCUGAGAUAAAGGCAAACGUGAUCCCAAACCUUGAGUACAACCCACAGGAUUAUGCCAAAAUCAACAGCACCGCCAGCCAGGAGAUGCAGGAACUUUUUAAAUGUAUUCUUGAUUACCAGCCGGUUAUACCAGAACUUCCAGCAAAGCUGCGCCCAUUUAUUCCUGACUAUAUCCCAUCUGUUGGAGAUCUUGACCCCUUCUGCAAGAUAUCACGGCCAGAUGGGCGACCAGAUGGAUUAGGUCUUUUUGUUUUGGAUGAACCUUCUGUGUCGCAGUCUAAUCCUGCCGUCGUCUUGCUAGAGCUUCGCGCAACAAAUAUUCAUUCCAGCGGUGGUUUGGCGGAGGUGGUGGACUCCUUUGAGGAUGCCGCCAAUCGGCCAGAAGUCAUUGAUCGCUGGAUUGCGGAUGUCAAAAAGGUUCACUACAAGAAACCCUUGCCGACCACGAACUACCAAAAACCCAUGCCCGAGAUAGAGUCCUUGUUACAGGUUUGGCCCCCAGUGUUUGAGGAAUUUCUUAGCUCAGAUAUUCAGCUACCUCCGCCGCACAUUGACGUGGAUCUGGACCAGUACGUGCGCACCCUCUGCUGCAUUCUUGACAUUCCCACGUAUAACUCUCUCGUUGACUCCUUGCAUGUUAUGUUUACAGUAUAUCAGGAAUUUCGGGCAAAUCAGCACUUUCAACAUGAAUAA